CUGAUUGUGCUUUGGAGAUAAGUCGUGCCGCGUGCGCAACGGUAGUGACGCUUUUUGCCCGGAGUAUGGCGGAUACCGGCUUGCGCCGCGUGGUUCCUAGCGACCUUUAUCCCCUUGUGCUCGGCUUUCUGCGAGAUAACCAACUCUCGGAGGUGGCCAGUAAAUUUGCAAAAGCGACCGGCGCUACACAGCCAGACGCCAACGCCUCUUCCCUCUUGGACAUCUAUAGCUUCUGGCUCAACAGGUCCACCAAAGUCUCAAAGGCGAAAGUACAGUCAAAUGGACCAGUGGCCAAGAAGGCUAAGAAAGAGACUUCAUCCAGUGACAGCAGUGAGGACAGCAGUGAGGAAGAGGAGAAAGCCCGAGGACUUCCCACACAGAAGACUGCCACACCUGCCAAGCAAGCCAGUGUGCCUCAGCGUGCUGGGAAAGCAGCAGCCAAAGCUUCAGAGAGCAGCAGUAGUGAAGAGUCCAGUGACGAAGAGGAGGAAGAGGACAAAAAGAAGCCUGUACAGCAGAAAGCAGUGAAGCCCCAAGCCAAGGCAGUCAAACCUCCUCCUCCUCAGAAGAAGAAGAAGACCGAGAGCUCCGAGUCCGAGUCUGACUCCAGCUCCGAGGAUGAAGCGCCACAGGCUCAGAAGCCAAAGGCUGCUGUGGUGGCCAAAGCCCAGGCCAAAGCCCCAGCCAAGCCAGGUGUACCAGUGAAAGCACAGCCUAAAGCAGCAGCCAAUGGCAAAGCCGCUGGCAGCAGCAGCAGCAGCAGCAGCAGCAGCAGCAGCGAUGACUCAGAGGAAGAGAAGAAGGCAGCCGUGCCUCCCAAGAAGACUACACCUAAAAAGCAAGUUGUGGCCAAGGCACCAGUGAAAGUAGCGUCUACCCCUGCCCAGAAGAGUUCCAGCAGUGAAGACUCUUCCAGUGAAGAGGAAGAGGAACAGAAAAAACCCAUGAAGAAAAAAGCAGGUCCCUACAGUUCAGUUCCACCGCCUUCUGUUCCUUUACCAAAGAAAUCCUCUGGAGCCCAGUCUCCAAAGAAAGCUGCUGCACAGACACGGCCUGCAGACAGCAGUGAAGACAGUGAGGAUAGCAGCGAUGAGUCUGAUUCAAGUUCUGAGGAAGAGAAAAAAACUCCAGCUAAGACAGUUGUCUCAAAGAUGCCUGCCAAACCAGCUCCAGUGAAGAAGAAAGCAGAGAGCUCUUCAGACAGCUCAGAUUCUGACAGUUCUGAGGACGAAGCUCCUGCCAAGCCAGUCAGCACCACCAAGAAUCCCUCAAGCAAGCCAGCUGGCACUCCCAAGCCAUCUGCAGCAAAGGCAGUGGCAACUCCUAAGCAGCCUGCUGGCAGUGGCCAGAAGCCUCAGAGUAGGAAGGCUGACAGCAGCUCCAGCGAAGAGGAGAGCAGCUCCAGCGAGGAAGAGGCCACCAAGAAAAGUGUGACAACCCCCAAGGCCAAGGUGACCGCUAAAGCAGCACCUGCCAAAGCAGCACCCGCUAAAGCAGCACCUGCAAAACAGGCUCCUCAGGCUGGUGGGGACAGCAGCUCUGACUCAGACAGUUCCAGCAGUGAAGAAGAGGAGAAGACACCUAAGCCCCCAGCUAAGAAGGUAGCAAGCGGAGCAGUUCCCAAACCAGCCCCUGGGAAGAAAGCCGCAGCCGAGAGCAGCAGCAGCUCCUCCUCUGAGGAGUCCAGUGAAGAUGAGACGCCGCCCAAGGGCAAGGCUACUCCCAAAUCACAGGCGAGCAAGGCCAAUGGCACUCCAGCUUCUCAGAAUGGAAAAGCAGGCAAGGAGAGUGAGGAGGAAGAAGAGAAGACAACAGCAGCUGAGGCCAAGCCAGGCAAGAAACGGAAGCAGAGUGAGACUGCUGACGAAGCAACUCCUCAGGUUAAGAAAGUUAAGCUCCAGACUCCCAAUACGUUUCCAAAAAGGAAGAAGGCACAAAAAAGGGCAUCCUCCCCUUUCCGAAGGGUCAGGGAGGAGGAAAUUGAGGUGGACUCUCGAGUAGCAGACAAUUCCUUUGAUGCCAAGCGAGGUGCGGCUGGAGACUGGGGUGAGCGAGCCAAUCAGGUGCUGAAGUUCACCAAAGGCAAGUCCUUCCGGCACGAAAAGACGAAGAAGAAGCGAGGCAGCUACCGGGGAGGCUCCAUCUCAGUGCAGGUCAACUCCAUCAAGUUUGACAGCGAGUGACCCGUGCUCAUCUUUGGCAAGGGAGGGGUGGUGUUGAGAGGCUGGCACUCACCUCCAAUGGACCCAGAAACUCCAUGUUGUUGGGAGAGUUGUGGCCAGGACAGUUUGGAGCAGGUCCCGGGUGCUCCAGUGCACAGUCCUCACAUGCUCCUGCUUGCACAGGUUUGUUUUGAGCAUUGAUUGUCAAGGAGAAAAAGGACUUUUUUUUUUUUAAAGAAAUCCAUUUGGUUGUCAAUUGCCUUCCUGUUCUGUGGGUCUUCAUACUGAGAAAUUUGUAUAUUUUAUAUUAAAUCAUGUCAUAGAGAUUUUUGUUGUGAUUUUCAGAGAUGAGUUCCACAAAUUAAAGUCUUAGCUGUUGCCUAAGGCAAAGCAAAAUGUUUGUGGUAAUAAUUUUCCCACUGGAGGGUUCUAUUUAUGUGAGUGCACAGAUCGAUGUUUGAUCCCUCAAAGCCCUGGUGGGCACCGAUGCAAGUCUAGUGAUGUGUCUGCAGAGCAUCCCCUCUGCCCUUCUUCAUCCAUUGGGCCUGACACCGAAGCUCCCAGAAGCCAGUGGAUAUACCAACUUUGGGAGAUAGAAUUGCCGUUCUUGGUACAAUAUCCUACUAAUUGACAGGCAGGAUUCUCAAGUGUAUGAGUGCUGUGCAACUGUCUGUGUUUUGUUCUUGGUAGCUGUUACUGCUACAUGUUUAUAGUAUUUUUAGUUUUAAUUUCAAAGUAAGCUUUUCUGACAUUUAGAGGCAUUUGUAACAACUUGACUGUUGUAUAUUAAGUUCAUGAAUUUAUUUGAUUCUUUUUAACAUUAUCAAGAACAGAAUGGUAAGUUCCUGCAUGGUUGAGUCAAGGAAGUGGGAAUGACUAAUUAACCCCUCCCUAUGCUCAGUGUGAAGUAGGUGCAGUGGGUACAUCCUGGGCACCGGGAGCAGCAGGAGACAGUACAGUGAAGCGAGGCGGGAGGGGUCAGUCAUGAAGUUGGGCCAUGGGAGUAGUUGUGUCCUGUUAAGUUGGUCCACUGGACUCAUUAGGACCUGAACUAUGUUACUGACCCAGACUAGCCAGGGGCUGAGAGAAUUCCUGGGUGAUAGCGUGCUUGCUUAGCAUUCAGAGACCAAGUGUGCUCUCCAUCACAGCAGGGAGUGAAUGAACAGAGAGAUGCCUGGGCCAAGGCAGUAGAUUGUAAAGCCAUAGGUUGUGACCAUUGGCAGAGCUUGGCCAGAGGGAAGGGGAUGGGGGAAAGAGCACCCUGGCUGGCCUGGUGGGAAAAUGAAGGCGCCACAUGGUGCCUCCCUUGUUUGGUUUCCAUGGUCACCUGGUAACCUGCUAAAAGCUGGCUGGCUGUGGCAGCUCUUUGAGGAGGUCUGCAUGGUCAGAGCUCUGUGUCUUACUACAAAACAAUAAAAUGAAUGGUUCAUGAA